ACCAGCUGAUAACUGAUAGCACCUCGAUACAGAUUGAUAUGGAUAUCAAGUUUAGUCUGCGUCGAGAUCUAGGCAUUAGCGUUCGUCUGCAAGAUACUCGCGCUCGUUCAAAAUGUACACCAACGCGAAACCACAUACCGCGAACUGGAAACCGGCAAGACGCGAUGCAAAAGUUUAUGACAACAUUCUACAUGUAAUCGGAAAUACCCCUCUAGUUAAGCUUAAUCGGAUACCGAAGGACCAUGGACUCGAAUGCGAAUUUUACGCAAAGUGCGAGUUCCUGAAUCCCGGGGGCUCCAUCAAGGACCGCAUGUCGUACACGAUGGUGGUGGACGCGGAGAACACGGGGCGAGCCCGAAAGGGCACGCGCUUCGUCGAACCUACUUCGGGGAACACCGGCAUCGGCAUCUCUAUGACUGCUGCAGUUAAAGGUUACAAAGCGAUUAUUGUGACCCCGGACAAGAACUCAGACGAGAAGCUGAGCGCGAUGAGGCUGCUGGGAGCCGAAAUCGUCCAGGUCCCGGCAACCGCCAAGAAGGGCGAGCCAGACCACUUCAUGUCGGUGGCCCAGCGGCUGGUCAGUGAGGACCCCGAACAUAAUAUCAGUUUAGAUCAGUAUUCAAACCCGGUGAACCCCGUCACACACUUGGAGCACACGGGCCGCGAGAUCAUCGACGGCCUGGGUCCCAUAGACAUGGCGGUGAUGGGCGCUGGCACGGGUGGCACCGUCACGGGCGUGGCGCACCUGCUCAAACGCGCCUGUCCCAACUGCGUCGUCGUAGCCGUCGAUCCCAGGGGCUCCAUCAUGUGGGGGAACGAGCUCGUGCCGUUCUUUGUAGAAGGCAUUGGGGGAGAUUUCCUACCUGAUGUUCUGGAUAAACGUAAUAUUGACCGCGUGGAAGCUCCGACCGACUACGAUGCCUUUAACAUGGCCAGAGAAGUUAUUCGAAAAGAGGGUCUGCUAUGCGGUGGCAGUAGUGGAGCAGUUAUGUUCGCGGCGCUGAAGGCCGCCAAAGAGCUGAAGUUGGGAGCGGGCAAGAAGGUAGUGGUCGUCCUGGCAGACGGUAUCCGCAACUACAUGACUAAGUUCGUCAGCGACCAAUGGAUGGAGGCGCACCUGUUUAAAGAGCCGCCGAUACAUGACAAGAUCGAAUGGUGGAAUCAUCCUCUUCAUAACUUAGACGUGGAUACGUCUGUUCCACAGCUCAAGCUCAGUGCAUCGGUUCGAGAUGUCAUAGCUGCAAUGGGAUCCGUGCACAGUGUAGCAAUCAUUACUGAAGAAAAUGGGCUUUUGAAGGGAGCUACCUCCAAAAACCAACUGCGCUUCUCAGCCACCAACCCCAAAAAGGAAGGGAAUCUAAACCUGCAGGACCCCAUCGGCAAGCAUUUGAUACAGAACUGCUACAAGGUGGCGGAGAACAAGGGACAUCCGACUGUUGGCCUUGUCUCCCGAAUUUUGGACAUCACUCCGUUUGUGGUGGUAGUUGAGAAGAUACCUAAUCCUGAUAGUCAAAUUAAAGUUUGUCACGCAAAGGCAAAAUAUAUCUCCUAUGGAAACUGGAAACCACCAGGACGCGAUGCCAAAGUUUAUGACAAUAUACUAGAAGUUGUCGGCAAUACUCCCUUAGUUAAGCUUAAUCGGAUACCAAAGGACUAUGGACUCGAGUGUGAAAUCUACGCAAAGUGCGAGUUUUUGAAUCCCGGGGGCUCAAUUAAGGAUCGGAUAGCGAACACAUUGGUGCGUGACGCGGAGCGAUCAGGACGCGCUCAUGAUGAUACACGCUUCGUCGAGCCUACUUCAGGAAACACUGGCAUCGGGCUCGCUCUGACCGCGGCAGUCAAAGCAGGUUAUAAGGCGACCAUUGUUACACCGGAUAAGAACGCAGGCGAAAAACUAAGUACUUUGAAACUGCUGGAGGCGGAUAUCGUGCAAACCCCUACCUCUGCCAACCUGGGGGACCCUGACCACUUCUUAACAGUUGCUCAGGAAAUACUUAAACAAGAUCCUAGCAGCAUCUGUUUGGAUCAGUUUUCAAACCCCGUGAACCCCAUGACGCACGAAGAGCACACGGGCAGCGAGAUCGUCUCGGCGCUGGGCCGCGUGGACAUGGCGGUGAUGGGCGCCGGCACGGGCGGCACGGUCACGGGCAUCGCGCGGGCGCUGAAGCAAGCUUGCCCGGGCUGCGUCAUCGUGGCCGUGGAAGCAGUAGGCUCGGUUAUAUGGGGAAGUGAGCUUGCACCGUUCUAUGUAGAAGGCAUUGGAGACGAUUUUAUACCCGAUGUUUUAGAAAAAGAUGUAAUUGAUAAGGUUGUACACACGAACGACUAUGACUCCUUUAACAUGGCUAGGGAAAUUAUACGAAAGGAGGGACUACUUUGCGGUGGUAGCAGUGGAGCGGCCAUGUUCGCCGCGCUGCAGGCCGCCAAAGAGUUGAAAUUGGGCGCAGGCAAGAAAGUGGUAGUUGUAUUCCCAGACGGCAUCCGCAACUACAUGACCAAGUUCGUCGCCGACCAGUGGAUGGAGGCGCACCUGUUCAAAGAGCCUCCUUUACAUCCCAACAUUGAAUGGUGGAAUCAUCCCCUUAAUAACCUGCCUGUGGAUAUCUCGGUGCCACACGUGAAGCAUGACGCAACGUGUAGAGAUGCCGUCACUGCGAUGGGUAGUUUGCAUAGUGUUGCGAUAAUUGUUGACGAGAACGGGUUUUACAAAGGAGCAAUAUCUAAAAACCAACUGCGACACGCGGCUACCAACCCCAAAAAAGAAGAGAAUUUAAAUUUGAACGAACCAGUGAAAAAUCACAUCAUACACAACUGCUUGACAGUGGUGGAAAACAAGGGAUGUUCCACCGUCGGACUUGUGUCCCGAAUUUUAGACAUUACUCCAUUUGUCGUUAUAGUUGAAAAGAUACCGAACCCUGAAAGUAAAAUCAUAGAAAUAUUCAAGCCAAAAGGAGUAAUCUCCUCUGAAACGGUCUGGCAGGGGGAAUGGGAACGGGGGACCGGGGGGACCGGUGGUGUGCGGACCGGUUUACUUUUCAAUAGGCGAGGCGAGAUGCGAGAUUCCAUUUCAUUCGUCCACCGGUUCCAGUCGAGUCGGACGGGAAAAAUGUCGAACCACGUGGCAUCCCAGAAUGGUCAAGCAAAUGGCACAUCUAAAUUUUUUAACCUAAAGGAAUUGCCGCACAUCGUCAAAGUUCUAGACAGAAAUCAAAAAUUCCAUCCUGACAUUCUACACGCUAUCGGUAAUACUCCGCUGGUGAAAUUGACGAGAAUACCUAAGUCUGAAGGCAUAAAAUGUGAUAUGUAUGCAAAAUGCGAGUUUAUGAACCCAGGUGGGUCUGUGAAGGACCGCAUCGCUUACAGAAUGGUACUGGAUGCAGAGCAAAGAGGAGUGUUGAAGCCCGGCAAAUCUGUCAUUAUUGAGCCCACCUCUGGAAAUACUGGCAUUGGUCUAGCUUUAGCGGCUGCUGUUAAAGGUUACAGAUGUAUCAUAGUGCUCCCUGAAAAAAUGUCAGACGAGAAAGUGAAUACCCUGAGGGCUCUAGGAGCGGAGAUAGUGAGAACCCCCACUGAGGCACCCUCUGCCUCUCCCGAGAGUAACAUUAGUGUGGCUCACCGCAUGGCUUCAGAGAUACCUGAUGCUGUAGUACUGGAUCAGUACAACAACCCUUGCAACCCGCUGGCGCACUACGACGGCACGGCGGAGGAGAUCCUGUGGGCGCUGGACGACGCCGUGGACAUGGUGGUGAUGGGCGCCGGCACGUCGGGCACGGUGUCGGGCGUGGCGCACAAGCUCAAGGAGCGCUGCCCCGCCUGCGCCGUCGUCGCCGUCGACCCCUACGGCUCCAUACUCGCGCAGCCUGACGAGCUCAACCACAGCGACGUCGACAUGUAUGAGGUGGAAGGCAUCGGGUACGACUUCCUGCCGCGAACAUUGGACAGGACAGUCAUCGACAAAUGGGUCAAGUGCGACGACCAGAAGGCGCUGCCGAUGGCGAGGCGGCUCAUUCAGGAGGAAGGCUUGCUUUGCGGCGGCAGCAGCGGCUCAGCCAUGUGGGGCGCCCUGCAGGCGGCCAAGAGCCUCAAGGAGGGCCAGAAAUGCGUGGUGCUGCUCCCAGACAACAUCCGCAACUACAUGACCAAACACAUCUCCGACCCGUGGAUGGAGGCGCGCCAGUUCAAGCCGGUGUCUACCAACGAUAAGCUUUGGUGGUGGGACUCGAUAGUGGAGCCCUCCUUAGCUACGCCGGUACGCAGCGUGCCCCUGAGCAGCACGCCGGCGCAAGCGCUGUCCGCGCUCACUCCCUCCGUGCCCCUCGUCACCGUCGUUAAAGAUGACGGUUCCGUGGCCGGCGUGUUCACGGCGGAUGAUGCGAGACGGCGCCUCGCUAACCUGUCGGGCUCCACGUCGGAGGGACUCGACAAGUUCCUAGUGAAGAAGUAUUACAAAGUAGACCUUGCGAAGAAACCGACGUUGGGACUAGUGUCGCGCAUGCUGGACAUUGCGCCAUAUGUUGUGGUUGUUAAAACAGACGCGUCAUCACACAGCCAGCAGGCGGUCGGCGUCAUCACGUCCAACAACCUGCUCGCACACAUCACGGACAAAGCGAAAAUGAAAAACGGCAUAAACUAACACUAGGAACCUAAAUAAAUAAACUAAAUAUAUAAUAAUAUUCAGUGAACAUAUAAUAAAGAUAAAAAUGUUUAACUUGAUAUGUAUUUUUAAUUUGGGUAAUUAUCAGUUAUUGAGAUAAUAAUACUCGUAGGCACAUCAAUUUUGAGUAGGCACUAUCAAAAAUAACUGUACCUGUAAAGGUGCCAGCAAAUGUAUACCCUGUAUGUGCUCUCUUAACCCUUUAGUCGAUAGCGGCAACAUACUUGCCAUCAUGCUUAAAACAAAAACGCAUCUCCACUAUAAGAAUUACGGUUCGAAAUCGAAUGACUAGAAAGGAACGCCAAAUGGUUAAAGGGGCACACAAUUGUGAUCGGUUUUGUGAGCAAAAUACCCCGCGUACUCUGGUAUACAUAGAGCAUUUUACAGCAUUAUUUACUGUAAUAAAUAAAAAAAUCUUGAUUGUAACUUUAGGUUUGCAGUUAAAGCUACAAAUAGGGAUAAUGUGCUUUAUUGAUGAUAUUUAACAUCAACAAUAUCCACUAGUACAAUACUUGUACAGUCACUGAAAUAUAUCUGUAGCGUAACCUUCACGCAAUGAAAGUUUACAAUAGAUAAUCCUUCAUCCUAAUGUAAGCCCUGACAGUCAAGUUAAGAUAUCUGUGAGAACCAUAUUUGGUCUGAUAUGUGUUAAGUGUCGAGCUCAAGAUUCUUAUAAUAUAUAAUUGCAUUUAAAUUGACCUUUUAUGAUGUGAUUUUCUUUCCCUUUUAGCAUUUUUAUGCCACUAUACAUAAUAUAAAUAUUAAUUAUGAUGUAUUGAUACAUACAAAGUGUAUUAUGACUAUUCCUAUUUAUGUAAAUAGAAUUUUUAAUGAAUUACAAUUGUUUAAACUUUCAAA